AUGUGUUUGAUCAUUUCUGGUGAGCGGGCAUCCUCUAUCGCUAAGUUCGAUCGGUCUAGGUGUCGCGUGAUGACGCCACAUCACCAACAUUGGCUAAUCACAGUUGGGAUGCAUCCAACAACGGCACGCGUUGGAGCUCUCCAACAGCGGGUGUGCGAUUCAGCCAUUCGGUAUGUGAAUCGAAGGGAAGUGCCACAGCAUCAAUGUAGCUGGCUAGAUGAAGGUUCUUCGGGUUCUCGUCGUGAUUGUGCGAAUGUAAUUCAGUUACACGGGAAUGGCGGGGAUUGCGCCUGA